AUGCCUAUGUAUCAAACACGAUUGACACCUAUUAUUCCCAACAAAACUGCUGUAUUGUUGGUUGAUGUACAAAAUAGUGAGAUCAGCAUCGAACAUCAACAAAACACACCCUGGUACUAUCAACAAGCAAUUGAUAUUUGUAUACCAAAUAUGGUUCAUAUUAUCAAAGUCGCACGUCCAUUGAGUAUGGAAAUCAUGUACACUACUGUUGAAAGUCUCACUCGGAAUGGUCGAGAUCGAAGUUUGGAUCAUAAGUUAUCAAAUAUUUUUAUUCCAAAAGGAUCACCCGAAGCUGAUAUUAUCAGUGACGUGGCUCCUGCUGAAGACGAUAUUUGGCUGAAGAAGACAAGUUCUGGUGUAUUCAAUUCUACAAAUAUCGACUAUAUAUUGAGAAAUCUUGGUGUGGAAUUCCUUGUGGUUAUGGGUUUCUUAACAGAUCAAUGUGUUGAUAUGGCUGUACGUGACGCCGCCGACAAAGGUUAUCAAGUGAUUUGCAUUUCAGAUGCCUGCACAACUCAUACUCAAGAGCGUCACGAAAAUGCACUGCGUGCUUUUGGUGGCUACUGUCGUAUAAUGACGACAGAUGAAUUUAUUCAAGAGAUUCAAGGUAGUAAUAAUUCUAAAAACGAUGGUUCCUCAACAAAAUUAGCUAUCAAUGAUCAGCAACAGAAUUUAUCAAUAUCUGUUCGUUCAUCUCUCCAACCAACCGCAUUGACAAUGUUAGUCACAACGGAUCUGGCUGGUAUUACACGUGGUCGGGCAUUGCCAACAGAAACUAUCGAUGACUAUUGGAGCAGUGGAUGUGGUUGGGUCCCGGCUGCCAGUGCUGUGACACCACAAGGUAUUGUCGCUGAUCCAAACCCAUGGGGUUCACAUGGUGAUCUACGGUUACUACCUGAUCGCAACAGUAGAGUUCGAAUCAUCAAUGGGCCAAACCCAACAACACCGACAUUCGACUUUAUCCAUUGCAACAUUAUCGAAACUGACGGUAAAGCUUGGUCCGGUUGUCCACGUGAGCUUCUCCGUCAGGAAAUUCAACGUUACCAUGAUAUAUUUGGUAUGCGAGUUAAAGCUGCCUUCGAACAUGAAUUCACCUUGAAUGGACGGCAAUGUAUGAGUGAUUUACCAGCAUUCUCUUUGCGAGCUCAUCGGCAUGUGGCUGAUUUUGCUGGAUGGUUAGUUACUGCCCUUCAAUCAGCGGGUGUCGAACCGGAAAUGUUUCUCCCCGAAUAUGGGCGAAGUCAGUACGAAAUCACUUGCCAACCUACUGAAGGUAUUGCUGUUGCUGAUCGUGCCGUUAAUCUGCGUGAGAUCACCCGAGACAUUGCUCGACAAAUGAAUAUGCAUGCUAGUUUUUCACCGCAGCCAUAUGUCGGUGCAAUAAGCAAUGGUGUUCAUUUGCAUUUGAGUAUUCAGGAUCUUGAUGGACGGCCAUUACUUUAUCAAGAAGGACGUCGUUAUGAUUUGUCGGAACUGGGGGAGCAUUGGGCAGCUGGCGUACUGCAUCACUUACCGGCACUCUGCGCACUUACUGCACCGACACCAGUUUCUUACAUGCGACUGAAACCUCAUCACUGGAGUGCAGCUUAUGUCUGUUUGGGUUAUCGUAAUCGUGAAGCCUCCUUGCGUAUCAGUCCUACAGUUGAAUUAAUUAAUUCAACCUUAAGUUAA